GCUUAUUAUAUCCUUCUCCCUUCGUAAUUGUAGCUCCAUCGGCUUUUCAAGUGGUGGCACCAAUUUGUUGCCGAAAUAGAAAUAUCUCAGAGCAAGCUGCACAUUUCGUUACGAGUGUUUAUAAGUACUGGAGUAUAAGUAUCAGGGCCCUACAUGAAACUUCUAACCAUUUCCCUCACAAAUUUCUUGUCCACUAGAAUGCCGACAAAAGACAAUCUACCCACAUGUAAUGUCGACAACGAUGUUAUUGCAAACAUCCGUCAGACCAUCGUCAAAUUUCUUCAGCGUUGCGGCCUGCAAUAUACUCCCGUCAUGAUCGACCAAACAUUGCACACAAAAUGCUGCCAGGAGGCCAUCAAUCGUGGCUUUCCGAUGUCUGACGGAGAUUAUUCCAUCCGCCCGUACAUGCACAUUGGUGUGGCCAUGUCCACCAUCGCUUAUGGCCACCUAACUGACUGUACAACUAAGAUGUGGAUCUGCCUCUUCACUGCCGUCGGCAUCUGUAUCGACGACACUCUGAACAGAGGACAAAAGAUGGAUGAUGUGUACCGUUUCAAUGAGCGUUUUUCAAAUUGCCAGGCACAGGGCGAUCCAGUCCUGAAUGCCUGGGAUGUGCUUUUGCGGGAGGCCCCCCGCCACUACUCCCUACUAGUGUCGAACUUGAUCAUCACGUCUGCACUAGACUUCGUUUCUGGGCUCCUGCUUGAAUACGAGACCAAGGAUAUGGGGGUCUCGAAGGAGGCUCCCUUGUAUCCCGAGUAUUCUAGGCUUCUAUCGGGCUUGGCACAUGGUUUUGGGUUUUUUGUCUUCCCCUCCACAGUCCCGCUUCAGGAAUAUAUUCAGUGUAUGCCGGACCUAAUGUUUUUCCUAAACCACACGAACGACAUAUUAUCAUACUACAAAGAGGAAAUUGAAGGCGACACUACAAACUACCUGUCACUCGUGGCAGCCUCUCGCGGUUCCACCAAACAGGAUGCUCUUUAUGAAGCCAUCUCGAAAACCGUGCAGGCCCAUCACAAUAUCCUCAAAUGCCUAGAACCGCAUCCCGAGGCCUAUGAGGCUUAUGCCAAAUGCUGCCAUGGAUACAUUAAUUUCCAUACUGCGUUGAGAAGGUACAAGCUGAAGGAUAUUUUGUCCGAGGGGUCCGGUCUGUAA